AUGUGUCCACAAUUAUUAUUAGCUGCUGGAAUAUUUUUAUAUACAGCAACAGUAGAACAUGAUUUUAGCACAAUGAAUAGAAUAUUAACUGAUCUACGAAAUCGUUUAACAAUAGAACAUGUAGAACAAUUAAUGAGAAUAUUAGUAGAAGGAUCAUCUGAUUUAAACAAUGAUCUAAAAGAUUUAAUUAUUGAUUAUGAGAAAAAAAAUAUUUAUCUUACUUCAACAACCAUGGAAUGUCCCGUAUAA